AUGGAGUUUGGCUUCCGUGCAGGUUUCCAGCUGCGUUGGCUUAGGGACCAGCAGCAGGCAAAGCCCCAGGCCCUCCGGAGCCUCGGGCUGCAUCCCAUCCCGGGCCCUCGCUGUGUUCCAGGAGGCGGCUGGGAGGUCUGGGGGGAAGGCGGCUGUGGGGAGCCCAUCCUCAGGUGCUUCCUCUGGCUUGUUCUCCAAGUUCAUGUACACACACACCCCCGUGCUCCAGAAUCACCAGACGGCAGGCCCGCUACGGGAACAGCUGCUGUGCGGGCUUUGCACCGGGGCCGGGACCGCUGUGCUGCCCCCGAGUCCCCAGCAGGGAGGCAGCUGGCGGGGCUCCCGCUGGGCUGCUGGCAGCCCUGGGACCGCUCAGGGCAGGCAUCCGACAAGCGAGCGUGA